AUGGGGUAUUUGAUCUCCAACUUCAUAGAUGGUACUUAUUGGAUCUCGUCUACCAGUGUCCUGGUGGCCUGUCUCUCUCUAGCCGGGGCAUGGACUGCAGCACGACAUUGGACGAGCCCGUGGAAGAAGCCUCGAUAUCCGACUAUCAACCGGGAAGAAUGGGAUUUGUUCCGCCAUCGAGCUACGCAACAGUACAUCACAGAAGCAAGAACCCUCAUAAAGAGAGGCUUACAUAAGUAUCGAGGACCUUUCACCAUUAUUACAACCGGCGAACCAGUCCUCGUUCUGCCGCCACAAUACACAAAGGCCGUCAGCGAGCAUCCUGCACUUAGCUUUGGCGACUAUGCGCAGAAUGACAACCUGGCCUUUCGAACGUGGACGUUCAGUGCCGCGAAAUCGAUCAGUGUCCUGCCUGAGCCGGUGUUGAAGGGCUUGUCACGGAAAAUACCUACAUUGAUCAACACAAUAUCCUCCGAAGUCUCCGACUGCUUAGAUGAAAUGUGGGAGACAACACCAGACUGGCACGAAAUCCCAAUCAAACAAAACAUCAUCCCCUGCAUCGCCCGUCUAACAUCCCGAAUCUUCCUCGGACCAACAAUCUCUUCCAACCCAGAAUGGAUCCAAACCGCAAGCGACUACACCGUCGACAUCUUCCUCGCCUUGGAACGCGUAAAACGCUGGCCUCGCCCCCUAUAUUUCCUCGCAGAAAUCCUCGAACCGGCGUGCUGGAAAGCUCGAGCCCAAUACGCCACGGCGGCAAGAAUUUUGCAACCCUUUCUUCAAAACCGAGAAGAAAGUUUGGCACAAGACCAAGCCGUGCCCGAAGAUUCCAUCGAAUGGAUCCGAAACUUCGCCACUCGAAAACUUUGCAGCGAUGUGGAUAACCAGCUGGGACUGACGAUUACGUCGGUGCACACCAUGGCCGAUCUCUUGACUCAAGCCAUCAUCAACCUCUGUGUGUAUCCGGACAUCGUACCAGCUCUCCGGGCCGAAACCGUACGGCUGGUGCAGAAGAACGCCGAUGGGAUGAUUGACAAGUCUGCGCUCAACGAUGCGGAUCUCCUCGACAGUUUCUUGAAAGAGACGCAACGACUGAAACCGUUUGCUUCGGCGGCUCUGUUCCGUCGAGCGAGUUGCGAUGUUCGGCUGGAUGAUGAGGUGUUUCUCCACAAAGGGCAGAAUGUCUGUGUCGCGCAUCGGAUGUGGGAUGAGGAGCGGUAUGAGGGGGCGGAGACAUUCAAAUAUGAUCGAUGGGUUAGGUGUGGAGGGGAGGCAGGGGAGGGACUUCAUAAGCGGCUUGUGGCGACGAGUGAAGACUUUACGGCGUUUGGGCAUGGGAGACAUGCUUGUCCGGGGAGAUUCUUUGCUGCGGCUGGGAUCAAGAUUGCGCUGAUGCAGAUUUUGUUGAGGUAUGAUUUGAAGCCGUUGGAGUGGGAGGAGGGGGAUUUGGUGGAGCAUGGGUUUUCGAUGACGACGAAUCCCGCGAAGAAGAUAUUUGUGAGGAGGAGGGGUGGGGUUGGAGAUGUAUGA